UUCUAAGAUCAUCAGACAAAGCUUAAUAAUGAUGAAAUUCGUAUUAAUUGUAUUUUUUUGCACCAUAAGCAUCGUUUAUGGAAUCGAACAGGUUCAUAUUGCACUUGGAUCCAAUGAAACGGAAAUUAUUGUAACAUGGACCGAACCACAUAAACAUGAUGAUAAAACAUCGGAUGCUGUUGUUUAUUAUGGUCAAGCCAAAUCAUCAUUUGAUCAAAAAGUAAAAGCAAUAUCCGAAUAUUUUAAAGAUGAUAAAACUAAAUACACAACAUAUCGUGCAUUAUUAACCGGACUUUUACCUGGAACUGAAUAUCAUUAUAGAAUUCAAAUGGAUGAUUUGGAAUCAUCAAUAUUCGAAUUUAAAACAUUGAAAACGGGCGAAGAAAAUUGGUUACCACGAUUCGCUAUCUAUGGUGAUUUAGGUUAUGUCAAUGAACAAUCAUUACCAUAUUUGAAAAAAGAUGUUGAACAAAAUCUAUUUGAUGUUAUAUUUCAUAUUGGUGAUUUUGCCUAUGAUCUUAAUGAUGAACACGGUAAAGUUGGACAUCAUUUUAUGCGAUCAAUUGAACCGGUUGCAUCAAAAGUAGCAUAUAUGACAUGUCCUGGAAAUCAUGAAAGACAUGAUAAUUUUAGCCAUUAUGAUUCAAGAUUUUCAAUGAUUGGUGAUCGUAGUCAACCAAUUCAUUCGGAUAAAUUGAAUAAACGUUUAAAUAAUCAUUUCCACAGUAUGACUAUUGGACCGGCAACAAUCAUAUUGUUUUCAACGGAAUAUUAUUAUUAUACGAAAUAUGGUUGGCAACAAAUCGAACAUCAAUAUCGAUGGUUAGAACAAGAACUGAAACGUGCUAAUGAAAAUCGUCAAAAACAUCCAUGGAUUAUUGUUAUGGGACAUCGACCACUUUAUUGCUUAAAAAUGGGCGAUAAAUCAUGUGAUCAUCAAACAAUGGAACGAAAAGAAAUUCGUCAAGGUAUUCGAAUGCAUGAUGAAGGUGAACGACAAUAUGGUUUGGAAGAUUUAUUCUUCAAAUAUGGUGUGGAUAUUCAAUUCUAUGGUCAUGAACAUUUUUAUGCCCGGUUAUUUCCAAUUUAUAAAUAUAAAAUGUAUAAUGGAACUAAAUCAAAAAAUCCAUAUGAUCAUCCAGGUGCACCUAUCCAUAUUACAACCGGUAGUGCAGGUAAUAAAGAAUUACAUCCAGAAUUUAAUCAUUUAAAUGAUUGGGUAGCCGAACAUUUUUAUGAUUAUGGUUAUACAAGAUUAAUGUUUGAAGAUAAAUAUCGUAUACGUUUACAACAAAUAUCUGAUGAUCAGCAUGGAAAAGUAUUGGAUGAAAUUGAAAUUGUGAAAAGUUCACCACAACCACAUUGGAUGAAUGUUGAACACCAUUGAAAAUUGAUGUUUUCUUUCGCAUUGAAUAAAAUAUAAUUUUUUGAAAAUAUAAAAAUUUGUUUUGAUCAUUAA